AGCGGUUCAGUCCGGUUUGCUCAUUCCGGACCGAGCGCGAGGCAGUCGGGUCCCUCCUUCCUUCGUUCAUCCAGCAACGGUUUGGUCGGCUCGACUCGACUCGCCAACUAACCGAGAGGAGGACAAAACAUGGACCCGUAAAUAAACAAAAGUGGCCCUGACCUCCAAACGGACUUAAUGAUGACCUUCCAUCGCUUGGCUGUUUUAUUGGGAGCUUUGGUGUGCACUUGCAACAGCGUGCACGUGACGGUGCCGGAGAAGCGGCAGUUCGCCAUGCUCUUCCAGUCCACGGUCCUCCCGUGUCACUACCAGACGGCCUCCAGGCAGACGCCGGUGGUGCAGUGGUGGUACAAGUCCUACUGCCACGACCGCACCCGUGACUCUUUCAAGCUGCCUCACCGGCUGACCGCGCAGGCCUCGGAGCCGCCCGCCAGGUCCCACCUGGACUGCGCCGACAGCGGCCGCACGGUUCGGGUGGUGGCUUCGGCGCAGGGAUCCUCGAUGACGCUGGCGGAGCACUACAAGAAUAGGGACAUCGCCAUCAUAAACAAAGCAGACCUGCGCAUCGGUCAGUUGCAGUGGGGCGACAGCGGCGUGUACUUCUGCAAAGUGGUCAUCGCCGACGACCUCGACGGCAAGGACGAGGCCCAUCUGGAGUUGCUGGUGCUAGGCAGGACAUCACAGCAAGCCGAUAUCCUACCUGAGUUUGACGUGGAGAUUAUGCCAGAGUGGGCGUUCGUAGGCUGCGUGGCGCUAGGCAGCAUCUUGUUCCUGCUGUUGAUGGGGAUCUGCUGGUGCCAGUGUUGCCCACACUCCUGCUGCUGCUACGUCAGGUGCUGCUGCUGCCCCGACACCUGUUGCUGCCCCCGGCACCUGUACGAGGCCGGGAAGAUGGCGAAGAGCGGAGCGCACGCUCAGAUGCCCGUGUACCCCUACUACAUUCCCGGAGUUCCCACUAUGGUGCCGCUAGCCCCUUCAUCCCACGUGGAGCCAAAGCUCACCUCUAUUGUCUCUGUCCCCUCGAUUGCGUCGAUCCCCUCGGUCGAUAAUAACCUGGCUGGAGUACGCAGUGGUUAUCACCUGAAAGCCAUUCCGGACCACAGGGGGUCUGAGAAAGUUCUGUACUACGUAGAAAAGGACCAGGCUCAGGUUCCAUCCGCCAAGCUCGCUGCACUCCAACCCGGUAGCCUGUCAGAACUCAGUUCCCUCCAUGAGGGAGGAAACGCUGAUUUCAGGCACACUUACCACACCGUCCAGAUGAAGGCGCUGGCGCCCAUCGCCGACGCCGACGACCAGUCGCCGCCGAGAGAGGCUCCGCCGGCGCGGAGGGGCGGACGCGGCCGCGGCCGCGAGCGAGACAACCACUCUGACGAUGAACUGGACAGGAGGUGGAACGCUCGCUCGGAGCACCUCCCGAGAAAGAACCGCGCCGGCUCGCUGGAUGAGCUGGAGGAGUUUGCGCAGUCGUACAAUUGCCGUAGCCGUCGGGUCGAGGCCCCAGCCGUACGGGAGUACAGCCUCCCGAGACGCCGCCGUAGAGACGAAGACGACGGCUGGGAUCGCGCCAGCCCCUCGCCUUUACCCCAGAGGAGGAGAGGCACGUGGGACGGCGAACUCAACGCCCGGCCGCUCCGCCACGGGGACUACGACGGAGACUUCCUCAGCCGAGCGAUGGAGAGCAAAGCCAGGGGGGACGGAGUCGGCUCGAGGCCGGACGAGGACAGUGACACUCUCUCCAAGGGCGGCGCCGGCUACUGCAGCCGCUCGCCGAGCCAUCGUCCCGAAGAGGAAGACCCUCUGCCUCCGUACUCGGAGUGCGAGGCGGAACGCUACCGCAGAAGCGCCCGGAGCCCCGACCGGUACCGCACCGUCGAUUCUGCCGGAACGGAGCGCUUUGACGCCUCGGAGCUCGCCGUGAGGUCUUUUUCGUACACGCGGCCCCACCUGGCGAUGUCCCUCCCGCCGCAGGAGAAAGAUAGGCGACGCAACUUGAUCCAGUAGAGAGCUUCGGGAUUUGAAUCUCAGCUCCGGCCCUUCUCACUGAAGUUUGAUUUAUCUGCUUGUACGUAUUUUGUCUGUCUUCUCUGUGGGUACUCCAGCUUCCUCCCACGUUGCAAAAUUCAUGUUCAUAACAGGGCUCUACACGAACUUUUUGUACUAAACGACCAUCUUUUUCAGUUGCGCAUGAUAUGUUGCACCCUUAUUUUGGCGAGGUGCAGCAUGACCAUGCGUUACUGGAAGCCACAAGCUUACAUGCACACAUUUAAUUAUUGUUUCACUGUCUGAAGUCAAAUCAGACUAAAGCUCUCCUAUUUGAGAUCAGUCAGAUGAGCAAAAUUAUUUAAUUGUGUUAAAUGCCUCAAUUAUGAAGAGAGAGAAUUUACUGGAAUUUUCUUGGAGGUCAAAAGUUUACACGCAUCCCCUUCAUACGGAGUAGCAUUUCCUUGGAACUGCGUGACUCGGGUCAUACGUUUUGGCUAACCUUCUACAAACCUCCGACAGUACUCUGCUGGAAUCCUGACAGAACUGGUGGAACUGAGUCAGGGUUGUCGCGCACACCUUUCUCAGACCUGCGCCGCAAAUUUUCCAUUGGGAUUCAGAUCUGGGCUUUGUGAUGGCCACUCCAACACGUUGACUUUGUUUUCCUCAAGCCACUUUUGAACCAUUUUUGGAGUAGAUUUCGGGUCAUUGUCCAUUUGGAAGAUCCAAUUUUGCCCAAGUUUUAGCUUCCUGGCUGAUUUCUUGAAAUGUUGCCUUAUUAAUAUCUCCAUGUAAUGUUCUUCCUUCGUGAUACCGUCUAUUUUUCCUGUGGGAGCAAAACUGCCACACAACAUGAAGCCGCCACCUCCAUAUUUCACAGUUGGUACAGUGUUCUCAGGUUUACAACCUUCUCCUUUUUUUCCCCCCCAGUUGUAACAUUGGUCAAUCUGGAGUUUCAUCAGACCACAGGCCACGUCUCCAGAAGUUCAGAUCUUUGUUCUAGUGUCUUUUUGCAGGGACACACGCGCACGCAGUUUAUGAUGACUGGACUUCGGAAAGGAGAGCAUGCAGGUGGAGGAUGUUACCUAAAUCAGUGAAAAAAAGAUGGCGACUUUUAACCACCAUGUCUUUAGAUAAAAGGGAGGAUUACAACUUGUGCAACCAUUUGAGAAAAGGGUUGCAUAUGCGGCUGUUUUGGUCACAGUCUGGAGCCCUAUGUACGGGUGAAUAUGAAUUUUCAAAAGUCUAUAUGUCCCCUGUGAUUGGCUCGCCACCUGUCCAGGGUGUAGAUGGCCUCUCGCCCAAAGUCAGCUGGGAUUGGCUCAUCCACAUCCAUCAUGGAUGAAAGGAGGGAUUCAAACACAAUUUCAUUUGAUGUCCCAAUACUUUUUCAUUUUUGAAAUGCUCUUCCUGUCAACAAAUGUCAGCAAAAGACCACACAGCCCAUCUGACUCGAAAAUACACUUGACCUUUAACCGCUUGUUAAACCCAAGAAGCCACCUGGGGGAGCCAAAUUUGCACGUCUCGCGUGGCGCAUGCAUCAACCCGUUUUCUAAUCCUCCAUUUCAACAUCCCUCAGAGAGUAAAAACAGAAUUUUGCGACGGACGUUCAGAUGUUGCUACCGCCUACUUUGCCUAUUAAAACUAAAUUCCCAAUAAGUGGUUCUAACCCAAUCUCAAGAUUCGGCAGCUCAACCCCCCACCCAUCCACAUCUGCAGCAUGAAUGCACGUUUCUAACACGUUUUCCUCUCACUGUAUUUCCUCAACAGAGCACAGCACCGAGCAGGGACACCCUCGUAGUGUGACCCGUAGCUUCCCACCCGCGGUGUUGGAUCUAACUCACAGCAUGCGCCAGACUAACGACUCGAUAGACCGGAGGGACUUUUACUCGCGCUUCACCAGUGGCGCAGUUUUAUUAUCACAACAGUGCAACUCAGGUUCAUUUGUUUCUCGUUUAAUUCCUGUGUAUGUUUUUUUUUAUUUCUUCAAACACCGAACCUUGCAAUUGUUCUGCAGAAUUCAUUUGCACUCUUCAAAUAAAAAAGCAACUUUUUUUGAA